AGACUAAGGUGUUACAACAACGACGAAGGUUUCCAAUUUAUUUGUUCAACUUGAUUCGCUGAAUCAAAACACCCUUUGAUAAUUGGCAUUGUCUAAUUCUGAGUUUGCCACAUGUCAUGGUGGACUAGUAGAGGGGGGCUCCUCUGACGUCCUUGGCAAAGAAUGAGGUCUCAUUUCUUGACAGCGUUCAGGUGGGGUGUAAAAGCGUUUCAAACAUCCUCAAAUGGAGUGCAAAUUCGAUUGAGAUGUGGUGCUGCAUCUUGUAAUACAGACACAGGAACUAGCAUUCCAAAUCAAGCCAGGGUGGUUGUGUGCGGAGGUGGAAUAGCAGGUAUUUCAUUGUCCUACCAUUUGGCAAAAGCAGGCUGGACAGAUGUGGUGCUGUUGGAACAAGGAAAGUUGACGUGUGGAACGACAUGGCACUCUGUUGGCCUAGUUGGACUCAACGAUUCAGUUGAGUUUGUCGCUAACUGUCGUAAAAUUAGUAGCAAUCUUUAUGAAAGCCUGGAAGAAGAAACAGGAAUGAGCUCAGGUUUUCUUCGCAACGGUUCAAUUGCGGUAGCUCAAACAAACGACAGAAUGACUGCUCUGAAGCGUUCUGCUUCCAUGCUAAGAGCCAAAGGGGAAGAAUUUCAAUUCGUAACACCAUCAGAAAUUGCAUCUCUUGCGCCAUAUAUUAAAGUUGAUGACCUGGUAGGGGGCGUUUAUCAUCCAAGGGACGGACGAACAAAUAUAUCAGACACGGCAGCUGCCUUAGCUUCUGCUGCUAAAAAGAGAGGUGUCAAAAUUAUAGAAGGUGUUGAGGUUGAGAAGGUAUUGACUAAGAAUCACAGAGUGACUGGCGUUGAGACUAAUAAUGGAAUUGUCAAUUGUGAAUACUUUGUAAAUGCUGCUGGACAGUGGAGCCGAGACGUAGGAUUGAAGAGCUCACCGCAGGUCAGAGUUCCUCUUCAUUCUGCCGAGCACUAUUACAUCAUCACAAAGGCAGUAAAAGAGGUUUCUCCAUCUAUGCCAUACGUACGUGAUUAUGAUGGAAGGAUAUAUAUUGUCGAAUGGAGUCAAGGUCUCCUAUGUGGGUGCUUUGAGGCAAAGGCUAAGCCAAUAUUUAGUAAGGGGAUUCCUACACCUUUCAUGUUUGAAUCACUGCCCCCAGACUGGGACCAAUUUCAGCCAGCUCUAGAUAGCUUCUUACUGCGAGUACCAUCUGCUGAAACCGUUGAAGUCCAGCAGCUGUUCAAUGGUCCUGAGAGUUUCACCCCUGAUGGCAAAUUCCUUUUGGGGGAGUCCCCUGAGGUUGGUAACUACUUUGUCAUGACUGGUUUCAAUUCUGGUGGAGCUGCAGUUAGCGGUGGGGCUGGCAGCGUCCUUGCUGAUUGGAUCGUCAGCGGAAAAGCUCCGAACAAUAUCUUGGCUGUUGACAUUCGUAGAUUCACCGAUUGCCACAAUAAUCAAUUGUUCCUGAGAGACAGAGUGAAGGAAGUUGUUGGUCGCCAAUUUGCUCUUAAUUACCCCGGUGAUGAUUUCAAGUAUGGACGCAAUCAGAGAUGCUCUCCACUCUAUGUCAGGCAACAGGAGGCCGGUGCUGUCUUCGGUGAAUCAAUGGGCUACGAACGACCAAAAUAUUAUCUUGACAAAGAUGAAUUCUUGACUGGUGAUCAAAAAGGGACGUUUGGAAAACCAGUUUGGUUUGAUAAAGUGAAAGCCGAGUACUGGACGUGUCGCGACUCUGUUAGUCUAAUGGACAUGUCAACAUUUGCCAAGUUUGAAUUAAAGUCUGAAGGAUCAGAAGCAACAGAGUUUCUUCAACGACUUUGUCCGAAUGAGAUGGAUGUUGAUGUUGGCACACUGGUCCACACACCAAUGCUGGAUGAAAAUGGUCACUUUCAGAACGACUGCAGUGUGGCUAGGAUGGAAGAAAACAGCUAUUUUAUUAUUUCGCCAACUCCACAAGAAACCAGAGCUUUUCAUUGGAUCUCCAAACAUCUACCCGAUAAUGGUUCUGUUCAUUUGCAUAAUGUUACCAACCAAUACUCAGGAAUCAAUGUGAUUGGUCCAAAAGCUAGAGAACUUCUUCAAACCCUUACGCUGGAGUCGCUAAAUACUACAGACUUUCGGCCAUUUUGUUGCAAGAACAUAAGCAUCGGCUACGCUAACAACGUAAAAGCCAUGAGUAUAACACAUGUUGGCGAACCAGGAUUUGUCCUUUAUUUACCAAAUGAGUUUGCUCUGCCACUGUACGAUCGUCUGUGGGAGGCAGGCCAGGAUUUCGGCAUCCGUAAAUCAGGUUAUUAUGCUUUGAGGUGGUUGCGUACUGAGAAAUUCUUUGGCUACUGGGGAGAAGAUUUCAACUCAAGUCACACUCCAUUUGAAAUUGGAAGAGAAUCAAGAGUAAAACUUGAUAAAGAGAUUGAUUUCAUUGGCAAGUCAGCACUGAUUGAACAGAAAGCCAAGGGAGUUGAGUCCAAGUUAGCAAUGUUCCUUCUGGAAGAUCAUGACCUUGAUAAUGACCUCUGGCCAUGGGGAGGAGAACCGAUUUACCGGGACAGCAAGUUUACUGGAAUGUCAACCUCCAGUGGUUAUGCGCCGACACUCGGCAAGAUGGUCGUAAUAGGUUGGGUGACCAAUCGGAAUGAGAAGACAGGACAGCGAGACAUUGUCACCAACGAUUUUGUAUCAAAAGGUCAUUAUGAGAUUGAACUCUCAGGUAAAAGGUUCCGUGCUAGAGGGAGCCCUUACCCAAUGAAGCUGCAGCUCAAACAACCUCAGUUUGGUUAAUAAUUAUGUUCUGAUAGCAUUAUUUCAAAGAUAGCGAGGUUAUACUUGUACGGUAAAAUGAUGCAUAGUACUUUUAGAUAUGCUGCAUUUGUUUUCAUAUUAAAGCUGAUUUGUAAUGUCGUAGAUUGGAUAUUCUAUCCUUUUAUAUCUUCUUAUCAAAGUUUAGUAAUAUGAUAAGCACAUUACAUAUUGAUAUAUACAUAAAAUUUAUAUAUAUACAGUACAUGAAAUUUGUUUGUUGAUGCUUAAAUUAUAUGGUUCUUUUAAAGGAGUAAUUUAAAGUUUUUAUUUUAAUGUUAAUGUUACUUUCAGAUUGUUUGGUGUAAUUAUAUCCUUAAAGCCAUGUUGUGAAAUGGGAAAAAUGAAAUCUGGUGGAACUGAUUUUUCUAAGAUAAGACACUGGAAGGGGUGUUUGACAAAAAACACUGGGCGAAAAUUGGCGUAACCACUCUUUUGCACCAAUUUUUUCAAUCAAUCAAUCUUUCCAUUUAUAAUGCUCUAUUCAAACAGUCAUCGUUGUUAAUUUAAAUAUUUAAAAAUCGUUACAGUAUAUUAUGAAUGUGUUUUCAGGUUUUUUUUGUCAAACACUUGCCUUCAGUCUUAGAAAAAUCUGUUGAACAAGGCAUAAAAUAUAGAUUUUUCUUCCUUCUCAACAGCCUCAGUUUUUAACUAAUUUCUGGUUUGAUUGUACUGUGGACCUAUCCACGAUCGUCUCACAUCAAGUUGAGGACAUUAAAUGUUAAACGGCGCUAAAUAAUUGCCAUUUGAAUACCAUGCUGCUUUAGCCUAAGAUUAUUACUUAGUGAAAUUUGAUUAAUAAUUUGUAGUCAUGAUCUUUUUCAUAAUCUCGAAAAAUUAUGUGCCAUGAGUGACCUAUUUGUACUUAUAAAUCGUCUUCCAUUUGAACUUUGAACUAUUUACCAUAUUUAUUCGAAUAUAAACGCUUAUUAUAACAGGACUUUAACAGAAUCUGGUGGUUUUGAAAGGAGUUUAAUCAAGGAGGGAGUGUUUAUUUUUUUAUGUAAAAUGAAUGCAUAAUACUGUAUACUCAAACGGCCUCCAUACUGGAAAUGUAGAGUACAUUAUGUUUUAUAUGAUCAUGAUAGAUCCCAGGAUAGCAGUCUAGUUCCCAGAUAUAAACAACUCCUUGUCUAGAGUAUUAAAUAUUCAGGGCCGGCGGAACAUUUUUCAAAGUAGGGGGUCCCACUAGCAUUUCUUUCUGAUCAUACAAAAAUCUGCAUAGAAAUUAUGUAUUUUUCAAAUAACAACAGACUGCUUUUUUUUUUUUUGUUAAGUCAAUUAAUUGACAAAUAGAUCAUAGGUAUUCCUCCAUGGACAGAUCUACCAGGUGACAAAUAUAUACUUCAUAGAACAAUAAGAAAUAAACGUACGGUAGAGGAUCAAUGUUAGAAUGAGGCCUACAUUUCUACAGGGGGGUCCAGCGCAGGGCAAACAGCGGUGCAAGAACAACAGCCAGGUGGUAUUCCUUCAUGUGUAGUUGGAACUGGAAGUGUUUCUAUCAUUUUUUGCUGUAAAUAUGAGUACACAUUUUUAAAAUACACUAAUUUCUGUAUUCAAGUUGAUAUUUUUUAUGUUACUUUUUAAAAAUCAGCAAGUAAAUUUCAAAAAAGAUUUUUAUGAUUUUUUUUUUUUUUCCUUUGGUAUUUUGCAAGGUAUAGUACAUCUUUAUGUACUUUCUCGUUCAAAUUGUUUUUAUCAACAUUAUCAUAUCAAGUCGUUAAUCUAUGAAUAUCAAAUUUCUGAACAGAGGAAUAAGCAAAUUACCACUAUUAGGCCUAAUAUUGUAAUAUUCCAGCCUGCAUGACUGUAUAGAUAGUGCAGCAGAAACAAAUGGGAAGGGCAGUGAAGUUUUGUUUUGUUUUUUUUUUUUUUUUUUUUAGACAGAUAUAUAUAUAUAUAUAUAUAUAUAUAUAUAAAAUUACAUAAAAUACUCAAACGGCCAUCAUACUGAAAAUGUAGAGUAAAAUCAAUUUUUUUUUGUCAACAAGUGAUACUGUGUAAGAUCAUAGGUCCCAGGUUAGCAAUCUAAUUAUAGGGUUUUAUAUAAAAACAACUUGUGUAGAGUAAGUGUAGAGUAACUCAUUGGUGAAAUCAUGGUGUUGUUUCUAUGCUCAUUUGGGGCGUUAAAAUUCGAGUGGAAUAUAAACGUGACGAGGCGAAUUAAACGACGAAAAUCUUUUAAGGGUUCCAAUGGAUGAUUUCACGACAUUUGCCUAUCUAGGUACAUUGAGUGUUGACUGACAUGACUAAUAAAGUUUUUAUACAACAGAUAGAACUAA